AUGCUUGGCGACUCCGAGAUCCUCGCCUUAGAUAGCAAUCUUUCAACCAUUAUGCAGCAGAACCAGCAACACCAUGCCGAUGUCCAGAAUCUCCUGGAAAAGUUCCGCCAGCUCUUAGAGAACUAUAAUAACCUCAAAAGCGACUAUGAGGAGGAAAAGGAAGCCAGAGAGAAGUACAAGCGCAUGGCUAGGGGACAGUUUAAAGAGCAUCUCCUGAAAGCUGGAGCCGAUGGUGGCAUUACGGCUGCCCGGAUUCUUAACGAUUCCAUCCGCGAAUUGCUCCACGAUCGACUCGGCCACCAGGCUGACCAAUGCCGUGUUAUGGUACGCAUUUAUGCAAACGUGCUUGGACUGUCAAAGUCAUUAGCCCGCUCCGGCAUUGUGGGACAGGAAGCCCGCUCUCUGUCGCCCUUUACGGCAAGCUUCACCCGGGCCGAGGAUCUCUUUGAUUUCGUGGAUGCGGGCGAUAAGAAAGAGGGAGCCGACUAUAAGAUUAGGGAAAUGUUCCGCUUAUUUGCCGAUAAUAGCCAGUGCAAACACAUCUUCUUCGCUGGUUGUCAUGACUCCGGUUAUUCUAAUCUACUGACACCUUAUCGUGGCCGGACUGAUCGCAUCACUCUCCUCAAAGCUGCCAACUUUCACAGCGAAUAUGAAAGAUUAGGCCUCCCGGUGCGGGAGCUUCCCGCCCUCUUCAUGUCUACACCUAUUGGUGGAACUGGGAGCCCCUCCAACCAUACGCCUUCGUUGUCCACAUCCUCUAGACCAAUUUGUAAACACUUUCAAAAGGGUAUUUGCCGAUACGGUAACACCUGCAACAAAGCUCACAUACCGCAGGGUCAACAACUCUCUAGAUCCGACAAUACCCCCUCUCCUCCAGGAAGGGAAUCUCCUACGAGUGCACGCACUCAAGAGUUUUAUGCCUCACAACUUGUCACCCACCUCGAUCCUAUGUGGCAAGAUUAUAUCCCCAUAAACUUGGCCGGAGAUCGCAUUGACACAUACUGUCCGAUCCCCGCCCACGAUGCGUGGGAAGUCUAUACUCGCCGCGCCAAAAUCCAUAAGCCGUGCAACAAUUUCCAUCUCGGUGGCGAAUGCAGCAAUAUAAGCUGUGAAUACGAUCACGGCCGUCUCGAUCCAAGCUCGCUGGAUGUUAUGAAAUAUAUCCUCCGCCAGCACCCAUGUCAGACGGGCCCGUCGUGCCGAUCUACCAAAUGCUUCCUCGGCCACCUCUGUCAGAAAGAGGGAUGCCGGGGCCUCAAGCCGUGCCGCUUUAACCGACACGCACACACACUCGAUUUGCAUAUUGCAAAAUACACGCCGUCCAUCAAAAAGGAGACUGGUCACUCGCGUGCUGAAAGCGCCGAGGGGACAUAUCUACCAGAUACUCCCGAAGAGCCGCAGGGCCUAAUCGUAUUGUGA